AUGGAGCGGAGGUACAAGCCUCUGUUGCCUGCGGCUUCGUCUUCACAAGCGCGUCCUGGAGAUAUUCAGAGAAAGGACAGCACCGACACCACCUCUGAUCCUGGUCGCCAAGAUUCCCCGGGACCGAGACGGAAGCGAGUCCAGGUCAAAUUGGCCUGUGACGCUUGCCGUGCGAAGAAGACUGCUUGUGACGGUCAACGACCGGUGUGCGCUCCGUGUUCUAGGCGGCAGCUGCCAUGCAUCUUUUCCGGUCGACCGUCGGAUAGCCCCGACGAGCAUUCUCAAUCUCAGUCUGAGGUCGUUGAGCUCCUCAACUUGCUCAGGUCCUCUCCAGGGGAAGAUGCUCUGAAGAUGCUUGACGACAUCAAGACUUCCGGCGGCGACUUUAAAGUAGCCCUCGCUCACAUAAAGGAGAAGAGACUUCUCGCCUUGGACUACCAACAGAUUCACUCUCCAGCAUUACCAGACCAAGACUCCAUCGAGUUCGAGCUCAUGGCAAGACAUCCCAUCCUGUACCCUGCCGAGAUACCCCUCGACCGCAUACCGAAUGUUGCUGGGAAGCAUUCCCGCGCGGGCCUCGGCCAACAGCCAGUCACGGCAGCUAGAGACGUCGGCUCCGACCUCGUCGACCCACGGCUCGCGCUCGUAGACUUUCAGACCUGGACGGCCAUCCCUAUCGACAGCAGCGAUGCGGCGAUGGCGAUUUCAAGGUACCUCGAUCUCGAUCACGACAUCUUGGGACUUUUCGACCCGGAAUUAUUCCUCCAAGAUCUCGUCUGGCAUGGAACCGAGUUUUGCUCACCGCUCCUGGUUAACGCGUUACUAGGCUGGACCUGUCUCGAUGCGUUACUGUUGACGGAUUCCCAGGAACCUCCGAGUUCAGCCUUCUUCGCCGCCGCUCUUGAUCAGUGGGACUCCCAGCCGACGCCGGACUCGUACCCUACCCUAGCCGCGCUACAGCUGUUGAGCCUCACGGCUCUGUUCGCCGGCAACGGUCGCAAGAGUCGACAGCUGCAUCUCGACGCCAUAGACAUGGGCACCAGGAUGAGACUCAUGGUCAACAGCGCCGGGGUCCAAGAACCCUUGCCGGGGCUCGAUAGUAGAGCAGCCAGCCAAGCGGCCUGGGGAUUAUUCUCAUACGCAACGAUAUACUCGUUGCAUUCCCAACGCGACGACCUCAGAGCGUUGACUCCACCAUCCGCAUUGCUAAUCCCUGCAAGGUCGACGGAAAAGCUCACGCCAGAGCUAGGAGCAACUGCUACGCCAUCGACCCGCGUUCCCUUUCCGACCUUUCCGUACCUUUGCCAACUGUGGAUUCUCGUUCGUGAGGUGGUUCAUCUUCGCUAUCGGGAAGAGUCUCCCAAAGCCCCUAUCCUGUAUGAAGAGUCGUAUACCCAGGGUACAUUGCAGCGUCUCCUCAGCCUGGGAGAUCAACUACCCCUCAGCUUGGCUCGCGGGAACAAGACGACGCCUUCUGGGAUGAUUCUUCACAUCUUCUUUCACGUGAGUAUCAUAAUGCUAGUCCGCCCCUUGGUGCGUGAUGGGAACAUGGCUAUGCAAGCCGUCAACAGGGCAUCGAUAAACCAACUCCGACGUCUUAUCACAACAUACCUCGUCGAGUUCACGCCGAAUUCGCCAUCAUGCAUGUGGCACAUUGGCUGCCUGUACCUGGCGAACGACGCUCUGAAGGGUUCCGAGGACAGACACAUGAAUACCCGACUAUCAGACCUGCGUCUCUGCCUGUCCGGCUACGGAGACCUGUAUCCGCGGUACCCCAUGAUCCUAAUCAUCUUGAAGGGCCUUCUCAGGAUCGCGGUUGACAAGGCGCUUGUCACCACCAAGCAGGCCAUCGACUGGGUAAGCCAGCUGGAGACGAGAAAGGUGUACCUGAUACUGUUUCCCACAGAGGCUGGCACGGUGCUUGACCUGGACCUGGCGCUGGACGAUAGGCACCGGGCCGAUAUUGACUAUCUGGCCCAGGAAUUUGAUGCCAUGGUCAUUUUUGAUGAGCUCAUAAUUGAUGAGGCCGACGACGGGACGUUUUCUGAUUGGGCAUUUGUAAAUCUAGGGGGAUCCUGA